GACUGCAGCAUUUGAGUGUCAUUUGAAAAAGGUCUGCAAGUCGACAUCUGGAAAAUGGGAACUUUGCACAGUCAACCAUGGAGGAAUGUCAAGUGGAAAGAAAGUACAAAAGACAGUCUCAAGAAAUUUGUGCAAGAAUACAAACCCAUUAUUGACUCAGUACCUCAGGCUCGGAUUCUUCUCGUUGGUGAUGUUGGUGCUGGAAAAUCAAGCUUCUUCAACUCCAUCAGCUCUGUCUUCUGUGACCACAUAACAGCCCAAGCCAAUGCAGGAGACAAUCCCACCACCCUGACCAUGAAGUAUCAUACUUACCAGGUGAGGGAGGGCACAGGUGGACGGCCUCUCUCAUUCCUCCUGUGUGACACCAUGGGAUUGGAACAAACAGCUAAUGGAGGGGUGAACACUGACGAUAUUGAGAGCAUCCUGAAGGGCUACAUACUGGACGGGUACCAGUUUGACCCUAAAAUACCAUGGAGCCAAAAUGGUGAUCAAGCUCACGUUCCAUCACUUAAGGAGAGGAUCCACUGUGUGGUGUUUGUGGUAGACGCCUCAACACUUCCACUUAAGAAUUCAAAAGAUGACAAAGACAAAAAAUUUACUAAAAUCAAACACAAAGCUAACUUGCUUGAUGUCCCUCUAAUGGUUCUACUGACCAAAGUGGACAAAGUAUGCCCACACACAAGAAAGAACUUGAAGAACGUUUACUGGAGUAACUAUCUAAAGGAACAGAUCGAAAAAGCGAGUCGAUUACUGGGCAUCCAAGUGUCAAAUGUCUUUCCAGUGAGGAAUUACUUCCGGGAGACUGAGCUGGACAUGCACUGUGACAUCCUGCUUCUCACUGCAAUGCAGAAAAUGCUACACUUAUCUAAUGAUUUCUUGGCUAAUUUUGAGGAAGACACAGACAAAGCGCUCCUGUCACACUCUGGCACUCGGUACCAAGUCACCUGGAGUACACAGAGCAACCAGUUGAUAAACCAUAAUUCCCAAUUCCCAAUAAGGACUUCUAAGUCCUGAUUGGUCACCAAACACCAACAAACUGAGCUCAAACAUACAACAAACACAAUUCUCCUGCUCUAUUGGUUCACCUUUGCAGCAAGGUAAAAUCCACCCAUUUUGCUCAGUUUACCAGAAUCUGUCUCGACUGCUAGGCUCCUACUUGAGAUAUGAAUAUAGAUAUUGAUUACAUGACAUUGAAUCACUGUAAAUACUUGGUUGUCCUUUGAUUAAUGAUUAACAUAUUGAUGUGUUGUCAUUGAAUCACAGCAAAUAAAUGGUUAACAUAUGAUUAAUAUGAUUAUCGUAACAAUUACUUCUACAUUUGCACUACGACAUAGCAUGCUAUAUAUUGUCUGCCACAACUAUUUUAUAAAGCUAUAACUCGCUUCGAAUCUCUUCCUGCAGGUGGUCUCUCUCCCCCUUUUGUUCCGCCGUCUGCCUCUCCAAGGUCCGAGCUUUCUUUAGGGUCUGCGGAACUUACUGCAGGCAGCUAUGAGGAAGCGAGGUCACACGGUACUCAAAACAAUCUCUUCUUGCCUAAGGCCUAAGACAUAACAGACCCAAUAUGCCAACCUCCCGGGCCUACCAAUGUCCAGUUUUACUUCCACACUGGUAGUCUUUGUCAAGACGUCUUGAACACCCUACAGUCCAGUUAGGCCUCAUUCCCCUCAUCUCCUCGGCUACUGAUGGUGAAGCUGGUCUCCAUACCAAUGUAUAUGUCCUCAGCUACAUGAGCCAUGUAGCUCCCAGGAUUCUCUUCUACCAUGGCUACAGUCUGGAAUGCUCUGGGGAGAGGUUCAUGCACAACAUUCCGGUGAACUCCAUCUAUCAACAGAACCAUGAAGCUCCUGUUUAAAUCCAAGAGAGGCAGAGCCAGGAAGUCUUCCUACUUAUUCUUCAUUUGUACAGAUACAGGGGACCGAUGCACUAUUUUACACUGUCAGAUUAAUAACCAAAUUCUGAUGGCUUGGGCAUGACAGGGAGCAGCUCUGAGGAUGAGACCUUGUAGAUAAAGGUCACUCUAUGGAAGUGGACUGUGUGUAUGUCCACCUCGCUCCCCAAUGCCAGAAGGUGCCAGUCUGACAACAAAGUCCCAGCACUGCUGCUUGUGCAGACCCCCUAAGUACGAAGAAAACAUGCUGCUAGGAUUCUUUACAUAGAUGUAAGGUGGCAGUUAUGCUGCCUGGUACGACAAGCAUCUGGCUGUUCACAGCAUGUGCAGCAAUGAAGUGAGCAUUUAGGGGUCGCUUGUGCAGUGCUGAAGUUAAUGUUGCACCGAUCUGAUAUUCAGAUCGGUAUCGGCACUGAUCCAUACCUAAUUAGACGGAUCGGGUAUCAGCCGUAUACAACUGAUCCACAUCUGAUACUUAUUUUUCCUCAGUCUGUGAAAGGAUUAGCUCCUAUUUCUUGUUAAAUCUGUUUGUGCAAUCGGCUGCACAACAGCUGCUUCCCAUUUUACAGGCCGCUCAAGUUCAGCAAAACGUUUGGAGUGAGAUUUCAUCAGAGCCAAAACCUGUGGCUGAAAACUCCACUCCAUAUGC